AUGAACUUACGGAAGCUGAUUGCUGACCUGCGUGCAGCCUGGUCCAGUAUUUGUGCUCUAUACACAACAAAUAAUAAUCUAAGCUGGAGGGAGAAGCUUCUUUUGCUCAUAUCCUGUCUGAUGACGAGCUUUAUUCUGGCAUUUCUUCUCCUACUAGCUCUCCGCAUUCCAUUACAGCUCAGCAUUGAGGUGUGCAUCAUUAUCACAGCAGGGUUUUGGUUCUUCUUCACGCUUGCCAUGUGCAUUUCUCCCAGCAUUCGCUGUUUCGGAAUUCUGUUUCUCAUGUCCAUCGGUUUGAAGCAAGGCAAGAAACAGCUUCUUACAGCUGGAACAACAGUAGUGAUUCUUUUAAACAUUCAGAACACAUUAAGAAACCUUAAAGGACUUGCAAAGAGUAUGAUCUGCAACCUGGAGGAAAAACUCAUCGCCAUUGAUCUAGCUCCCCUCAGCAAUUAUAUCCGCAUGUUAAAAUGGGUGGUUUCGCAACUCAAACUAGGUCUGCCCGAUAUUCUCUCUGACCACCUUGUCAUGGACUUUAAGCUGAAUCCUUCAGUGCAGUCGGGAAACUUCACAAAGAAAAUAACAGACGCUCACAGGGCUCUGAAUGAGACAGCCGAGAGCGUGCUGGGGGUGAUUAGCGGCGUUUCCUCCAUUGGAAAGAAACUAUAUCCAGCUUUGGGUAUUGUGCUACUUGUUAUCACCACAGCACUCUACCUCAGGAGGUUUCGCUCCAACAGAAAGCACAAGAAUGUGCUCAUUACCAAAAACUUUGUGAAAUAUGAUGAAAAACAGAAAUUACAGGGGAAACCAUCAGUGCUCCCACUUUCCAAAAAGGAGUCAAAACAUUACAUUAUUGUUCCAUCCACCAGUUUGACAAAAAAGGAGAUGAAAGCCAUGCUUAAAUUUAGCAUCCCCAUCGUAACCCACAGUGUGGCCUGGCUCUUCUUUGUAGGACUGGAUGCUCUAGUGUAUUGGAUCAUCGUUGUUCUGAGUAAUCGAUUGUCGGAGUUGGAGCCACUUCAUGUUCCUGUAUUACUUAAAGUGGAGAAGGGAACCUUUCUCAUCGGUGUUCCCAUCGAACAUGACCAAGAAGUGCACAACUUCUCCUACAACGUGUCUGUUUUUGAAAAGAAGUGUCUACCUGCACCAGAACUGUGGCUCCACAAAUCACUGAUCCCUCUGUGCUUCAUCUUCACCGUGCUUCUACUCCUGGUUGUUCUGUCAUCGAAGCUCAAUCAGCUGAGACUCAUCGUGUCAGAACAGUUUUACUCAGAAGAUGCAGAGAAGAGGAUUGCUAUGCUUCAUGCAAAAAUUCUGAAAAGAAGGAACAAGUGGAAGGCCAAGGGUGCAAAAAUGACCUGGAAGUCGUUUACUAUGCAGCUUGCAUUUUGGUUUCCUAUCAUUUUCAGUCGACAAAAGAAUGACAGUAAGAAUAUUACAUGA